AUGGGUGUAUUUUCCUUCCUCUUCCACUACCUUUUUACGUUUGCUCCCCCCGCAAAAAAUUCUUGCCCUUGUUUGUUCUCUCCCCCUACUCGCCAUUUUUGCUUAUGUCCAUGUUCUUUUUUUUUAUCUGACUCUCCAUUUUUAUAUGUGGUUGCUUUCUCUGCCAAAACAUUCUUGCGUGUUGUUUUUCACCCCUCAACACUCUUAUUGUGGUUGAAAAAUAACAUUCUUUGGCGGGGUUGGCCAAGCUCCCCCAAGAACAUUCUUUGGCGGGGUUGGCCAAGCUCCCCCAAGAACAUUCUUUGGCGGGGUUGGCCAAGCUCCCCCACGAACAUUCUUUGGCGGGGUUGUGAAGCUCCCCAAGAACAUUCUUUUGGGGUUGGCCAAGCUCCCCCACGAACAUUCUUUGGCGGGGUUGGCCAAGCUCCACCCCUACGUUCAUGGAUGCGGCUGUACACCCACCCAUUUCACGUUCCUGGUAUGUUUGUUAACCCCCCACCCCAAAAAUUCCGCAUCUAUUCUUCUUUUUUACGUAUUAUUUCACUUGUCAUGUAUGGUUGUUCCUUUUGUACCCACCCACCGACAAUCUCGAUUGUGUUCAUUUUGUGCCCCCCGCCAUCGACAUUCUCACCUGUUAUUGUUCCUUUCGUCCCCGCUACGAUACCCUUCAAGUGUAAUUGUUUCUUCUACUCUCCACAUUCUUGGCUUAUUUCUUUAUAUUUAAUAUUCUCUCUCUCUCUCCCUUUCUUCUCCCUUUACUAA